AUGACCAACGAGCUGAUACAUGGGCGGAUCGCCUACGCCCACAACGGGCCCCCAACCUCACGCACGGUCAUCAUCUUCUUCGUCGGCAUCAUGGGCCUUGGUACCGCGGCAAAUGUUUCUGAGCCUUGCCGUGAGCUUCAGGCUCACUGGAUUGCUCCUACGCUCCCAGGCAUGGGAAGGUCGGGCACUCGCGAUUGUUCAGUGCCGUACUACGUUAAUCUAGCGAAUGAUAUCAAUGUGCUGCUCAACCACCUUUCUCCCACUGGAGACUUCGAUGCUCUGUAUUUCUCGGGAGGCUCAUAUGGUACUGUUCCAGCGCAAAUGCUCUACGGCGCCCCAUACGACCUCUUCCCCUCUGGUCGGAAGAUUGCCGGAAUGCUUUUGCUCAACGGCCUCUCUCCGCUGAGACAUCACGCCGGCUAUGCGACUACGCUUCGCUGGAACAACUGGGUAUCCAUCGGACCACCUACGAGGAUCAUACCAUUUCGUCUGUUACAGCGUUUGUUCAAAGCUGUAAUUGGAUACAAAUUGAGAUCCGUUGAAGGCGCAAAGCAAUUCCUCAAGGCGACAGUCUUCGAUAAGAUGGACGAUGGAGAGAAACAGUUGGACGAGCAUACAGUGUCAGAUACGAUCCAUUCUGACUGGGGCUUUGAUCCUCGUACUCUUGACGAAGAACAUUCUACAAAACCUGUCUUGGUUGUGGGAUCAAAGAAUGAUCACAUUGGGGGCAGCACUAAUGAUUGGCUUGUGGCCAACUACAAGUCUGCUAUAAAGCUCAAACUGCUUCCUGGAGGCCAUAUAUCUUCUUUGUUCAUCAUGGAUGAGUUGUGGAGAGAUCUGAUUGAGGCUGCCCGCAGUGCAUAG